AUGCUACAGCAGAUCCUUCGUGAUAUGUACAUUGAUCAGGAACUCUUGGCAGAGUUAUCUGAUGAACAGCGACAAAUUUUGUUUGUGAGGAUGAGGGAGGAACAAGUGCGGCGUUGGAAAUAUCAUGAAGACCGAUUUGAGAAAGAUCUUAAAAAACGUCCAAAGAAAGCACCAAAACCAGGUAAAAAGAAGGUUCAGUUCUUAUCAGGAAAGGAUGGCAAUGAAUGGGUGUGGGUGAUGGGCCACCACCCAGAUGACUUGUCCAUAGAAGAGAUUCUUGAAAAAGAAGCCAUUGAGAAGGCAAUGCAACAAGCAGAGAAAGAAGCUGAAGAAUUAAGGCAAAAACAGGAAGAAGAACUGAAAAAGAAAAUGGCUGAAGAAAAGAAACGAUUAGAGAAGGAACGUCUUGAAAGAGAAGCAGAAUUGAAGCGCCAAGAGGAAGAAGCAGCUUUAUAUCAGUCUUUGAAAGAAGCGCGUCUCAUGGCUGAAAAACUGGAGAAGGAGAGAGAAGAAGGAAGGAAAAGUCUACGAAAGCUGGAGGAAGAAGAAGAAAUGGAAUUACAGAACACAUUGGAAAAAGCCAAAAAUAUGCGUAGCAAACGUAGCAGUGAAUUGUACAUGACAUGGCGAGAAAUGAGAAAUUUACUCCAACAGAAGGGUACAGAAGAUGAAAAAGUAGUGGAAGCAUCCUGGAAAGAACAAGAAAAGAAAGCCAAAGAAGCUGAGAGGCAAAUGCGGGAAAUUGCCCAGCGUGCUCGUGAAGAGCAUAGACGUUCUUUGCGGUCAGCUGCCAAGAUGAGUAAUCUUUCAUUAACGGCGACAGAAACUCCAGAGGAGAAGCCACCCAUCCCACCGAAGACGCACAUCAGUCACUCAUCCGUUCUAAAUAAUGUGUGCAAAAGUAAAAAUAGUGUGAAAAGGCCAAAUACUCCUCAAAAUAAAGCCGCUGUUAUUCAGUGGUUCAAAGAAGAAGAAAUAUCAAAAGGUGUUGGCAUUAAUCCAGAAACUAAGAAGAUUGAACCAUGGUUUCAUGGUUUAAUAACAAGAUCUGAAGCAGAAGAAAUUCUGAUCCAACGGCCAAUUGGUAGUUUCUUGGUGAGGGUCAGUGAAAGAAUAUGGGGUUUCACCAUUUCUUAUCAAUCAGAAGAGCGUUGUAAACAUUUUCUUAUAGACGCAUCGGAUGGGACAUAUCAUUUUUUUGGAACAAAUUACCAGGUUUACUCUAGUCUUCAUGAAAUCAUCACACACCAUACGAAGAAUCCUAUCACAUUGCUUGAAGUAGACGCUAUACAAAAGAAAACUGUUUUUUGUUUUGCAAUUUUCUAUUUGUCCAUUUCUUUUUUGUUUCUUCUUCCUUGUUGUCAUCCUCCUUUUACUUCUCCUUCUCCUCCUACUCCUCUUUCAUUUCCUCCUACUCUUCCUACUCGUCUCUUCUCCUCGUCUCUUUUCAUUGUCCUUCUCCUCGUCCCUCUUUUCAUUGUCCUUCUCCUCGUCCCUCUUUUCAUUGUUCUUCUCCUCGUCCCUCUUUUCAUUGUCCUUCUCCUCGUCCCUCUUUUCAUUGUCCUUCUCCUCGUCCCUCUUUUCAUUGUCCUUCUCCUCGUCCCUCUUUUCAUCGUCCUUCUCCUCCUCCUCCUCGUCCCUCUUUUCAUCGUCCUCCUCCUCCUCCUCGUCCCUCUUUUCAUCGUCCUUCUCCUCCUCCUCCUCGUCCCUCUUUUCAUCGUCCUUCUCCUCCUCGUCCCUCUUUUCAUUGUCCUUCUCCUCCUCGUCCCUCUUUUCAUUGUCCUUCUCCUCCUCCUCCCUCUUUUCAUCGUCCUUCUCCUCCUCCUCCUCGUCCCUCUUUUCAUCGUCCUUCCUCUUCCUCCCCCUAUUUUUUUUUUUUUUAAUUUUUACCUUUUUCCUCUCCUACUCCAAAUUGUCUCUUGCUGUUUCUAA